ACUACUGAUCCUUUUCUCUUGUCUUAAUUUUCUUCAGGCACAGAAGACUCUGUAGAGGCAUCUUCUACGCCGAGAAGUAGUGAACUUGAAGACCAUCCUCCGACUCCUAUUGUUGCUGUGCCUGAACUAUCUUUGCAUGAACUGAUGGAGAACACUGACAAUUUUGGGUUAAGAUCAAUGGUUGGGGAAGGAUCACAUGCGAGAGUCUACUAUGCAGUUCUAAACGGCAAAGAAAUUGCAAUAAAAAAGCUUGACAUGCCACAGAAACAUGAGACCAAUUCUGGUUUCAUGUCACAGCUCGCAUUUGCAUCGAGAUUGAAGCACAGGAAUUUUGUACAGCUGUUGGGGUAUUAUGUGGAGGGAAAUCUGCGGCUGCUGGCUUAUGAGUUUGCCGCCAUGGGAUCUCUGCAAGACAUCUUGCACGGAAGGAGGGGUGCUCUGGGAACACAACAGAGGCCUUUUCUUGUGUGGGAACAGAGAGUGCGGAUUGCGAUUGAUGCAGCAAAGGGAUUGGAGUAUCUCCAUGAGAUGGUUCAGCCACCUGUUGUGCAUAGGAACAUCAGAUCCAGCAACAUCCUCAUAUUUGAUGACCGCAGAGCAAAGAUUGCAGACUUCGAUCUGCUAAACCAGGCUCCUGAUAUGGCUACACGCCUUCUCUCUUCGCGGGUUUUGGGAACCUUUGGCUAUCAUGCUCCUGAGUAAUAGCUCAAAAAUCUCUUUCGUUUUGAUUCUU